AAAAGGAAAUGUAAUUAAAACUAAAAUUAAAAUCAAUUGAAAUUAACUUUUAGAUUGAGGAAGAGCAAUAGUCACUUUUGCUGUUUCAGAUUAUGGUAUUUUCUCACAGGACAAACAGUGGAAAAGUUAAGAAACUAAAAAAGAGGAAAAGAAAAAGUAAAAACAAAUUGUAAGAAUUGAGGAGUAAGGUAGGCGUGAGAAGUAAACGUGAACUAUAAUCGAAUGGAGCCGGUGCGCUGUUUGGGUCUCCUUUUUCAUCGUUUUCAACCAUCGCUGUAUGCUUUAUUGGGGGUUUUUAAUUGUGGCAGUCAGGUAUUUUCCUGGGAUUUGACUUCUUCCUCUAACUAGAUCAUUGCGCUCAGACAACUUCCUGUGUCAAUGGGAAUUCAAAAGAUUGGCCGUCAUUUGGGAAGCAGUAAAAGUUUUUCCUUACCAAUUGGUGACGACAAGGUAAUGGAAGAUAUCCCUUUCUUGGGGGCAGAUUUGGGAGAUGAUUCUGAUGAUUGUGAGCUCACUGAGUUGCACUGUGAACUUGGCAUGGUGGAAGGUCAGCUGUUCAGCAUUCCAUAUGAACUCUAUGAUCUGCCAGAUUUGAGGGAAAUAUUGUCUUUAGACACAUGGAAUUCUUGUUUAACAGAGGAAGAGAGGUUCUACCUUUCUGCUUACCUUCCAGAUAUGGACCAGCAGACUUUUGGUUUGACUAUGAAGGAGCUUUUUGAUGGCAGUGAUCUAUUUUUUGGGAAUCCCUUGGAUGUUUUCUUCCAUAGAUUGAGAGGUGGAUAUUAUCCUCCAAAAGUAUCUCAAUUCAGAGAAGGUUUGCAGUUUAUACAAAGGACAAAGUAUUAUUAUUUUUUAAGAUCAUACCAUGACAGGAUGACACAAACGUUCACAGACAUGAGAAGGUUGUGGGAUCAGUGUGAGUUGAGCUUGGGUGUUGAGGAAAGGAUCUCUAUGUGGACAAAAAGGAGAAAACAAAGAGCCAUCAAUUUGCUUGAUCUUAACAAAUUUCCCAAGGAUGAUCAUCCAUUGAGUGAGGAGUUUAGCUUGGACAUAAAGGAAAUGAAAUCAGUGGAAAGCAAGAGACAAAAGGAAGAUUUGCCCGCUCUAUCUGCCAAUGGAAUGAAACCUGUUGCUCCAAACUGCAGAGGGAAGGGGGUUCUCAAGAUGAAGGCAUCUGGGAAUGGCUUAUUACCAAACAGCAACCAAAGAGUAACAGGCAGUGAUUUUUCAGAGAAAUUUCGAUCUGUGCCCAAGGGAGUGUUGAAAAUAGUACCUAAAGUUCCUUCUGUCUGGUUGGAACAAUCAGAGAAGGUUCCUAGAGGAGUACAGCCAUCAUUUCCAGGCAGGACUCCAGGUCCUUUUGAUUUUAAGUUUUCUUCACUGCCAGCAUAUUUGCAGUUUCCAGAUACAGCCAGCCUUUAUGAAUUGCCACUUCUAAGGCAGAAUGUUGAUGGUAGCAGAACUCAUUCAACUUUAAAUCAACAACCUCAGUGUUUGUUGAAUCAGCAGGGAAGUACUAUGAGAAGCAAAUAUCAAUCAGACAGCUCUGCCAGAAUAAUAGAGGGGCAAAUAGUUCCCCCUUCAGAUGACAGUUCUUUUUUUGGACAACACAAAUUUUUUGCUGGUAAUGAGAGAAGGAAUCUUGAUGAGGAUGAUAAGCUGGCAGUUGAUCCAAGGGUAAGGAUGUUCACCUAUGGUGGUGAAAGUCUCCGGCCAAAUUUGCAGAAAGGAACUGAAGACUUUUCCCAGAGAUCCUUGGAAGCAUUUCCAUUUGACACUCAAUAUCAUGGCGAGGACCGGCACAUGGCGCUCGGGAAAGAAAAGUGUAUUAUUGUCUAUCCGAGAGUUCCAGAAGCAGUUUACAGAACUUCAGCCCAUGAUAGUUGUAAGCAGGAGAAUAUGAUGGUUGCUUCUUCAAAUACAAUGAGAGGUGAGAGUGACAUCAUUAGCAACAGAUCAGAGAAGCUAUUAAGUAAAUCCAGUGUCUUGGAGAGGUUUAAAGAUGAAGCUGUGCUUCCUUUGACAUACAAGCGAAGAAAGGGUCUAUCCAAGAUCAGUUCAGUGGACACCGGCAGGAAUGUAACAGCAGGAGCUGAUCUGAGUUCUAAUCAACAUUUGGGAGAGGGUUCAAAAGCAGUGAAGAUAAAAUUGACAAGGUUUAAAGAUAUGCCCAUUAACAAGUAACCGUGAAAAAACACGUCUUGGACUUGAAAAGAAGUAGGUAUUCUUACUCGGUAUAAAAUUUCAUUCUAUGGUUUUCAUAAAAUCAAUCUGUAUUAUAUGCUUCUCAAAUAUGUAAAUGAAAGUAUAGUGGUAAAGGAACAUUCCCAUCUUGAGGAUAAUCGAAUUGGCGCCAAGAUAAUCCAUGUUGGUGGUAUGCACUCAUGAUUCAUUUUCUA